AUUACAUUUGGUGUUUUUUUUUGGGGGGAUGGAAAGAAUUGAGAAUUGUUGGUUUUCCACGAUUCCUAAAUUUCCAACACUAUUUGUUAUUAUGUCAAAUUUAUAUAUUCAUGUAACAAAUUAUAAAUAUUUUUUGAAUUUAGCUAUUGUAUAUUAUAAAAAUGGAUUAUUUAUUUUGUACCUGAAUAUUUUUUAAAAUUAAUAAAUUUAGAAUGAUAUUUUGCUUAUGGUUUCGUUUCCAAUUAAGUGAUUUAUGCUAAUGUUUUGCUUAUAGAAUGACCUCUCUCUCCAAAGCAAAAAAAUUUAAAAACCAUCAACCAAUCAAAUUAUAACAAUUAAUUGGAAAACUCUCCUAUGAGCAACAAAUCAGUGACUUCUAAAUUAAUAUGUAGGAAGAUUAAUAUAAUUUAUCUAUUAAUAUAAUUUAUUUAUAGAAACAGUUAAAUAUCAUAUAUUACAUUAUAUAAAUUGAUAAUAUACAUUUAAAUACAUAUGAUACUACAAAAACAAUUAUAAAAAUGGUUUUAAAUAUUUAUAUUAGUAAUGAAUACAAUAAAUCAUAGAUUCCAAAAAACUAAUUAAUGUAAACCUAAUAAUAUUAAUUAAAUUCACUCAUUCACUCUAUAUAUAUUCUAAAAUGUUUCAAAUGAAUGCAAAACAAUCAAAUAUAUAAUUUUUAAAAAAAAUCUCAUCAUUUUCCAAUGAUAAUGUGAUAUCAUAGAAAAGUUAUCACUUUUAGAAAUGAUUAAAAUAUUUUUUUAUUUUAAAACAUAAAAAUUAUAUUGUAAGCCAUUUAAAAUUAUAUUAAUCAAGAAAUGUUAUUUAAUUCAUCUAUUAAUAUAAGCAUAUGAGUUAAAAUUAUUAUAUGGUAAGUCACUUACAAUUAUAUUAUAUGAUAAUUCAUUUAAUUAUUAUAUAGUAAGUUAUUUAAAAUUAAAUUAAUGUUUUUACGUUUACAUUUACCAAAUUUAUGAGAGAAAUUACUUAGACUACCAUUUUCCUAAUACAUGUUUUUAUGUUUACAUUAACCAAAUUUAUCAUUUGUUUUAAGGAGAUAAAUCAUACUAUAUAUUAAUUGAGAAGUCACUUAAAUGAUUUUUUGUUAUGUAUUGUUAAUAUGUUAAGUUUAAAAAAAAAGUUAUAAUUUGAUUGGUUGUUGACGCUUAUUAGUUAUUUAAAUCAGAUCUAAAAAUAAAAGGUAACUAUAGAACUAAUUAAUAUAAGUUACCAAAUAACACAAGUAAUAUUACAAAUAAUGAUUUAUGGUAACUAAUUGUAGAAUUAGAGAAAUAAUAUAUAUGUUUAUCAAUGUAUUUUUCUUCAUCAAUUAUUUAUAUAUAAUUAAAUAAAAUACUUUAACUUUUUUUUAUUGAAAGAAAUUUAAUGGUUAUAUAUUAUUAUAUAGAUGAAUUAUAUUUGUAGGUAAAAAUUAUUAGAACUUUUUAUGUUUUCUAAAGUCCACACAAAAACGUUUACAAAUUAUCUUCAUGAUAAAAGCAUUUGAUCAUUGUAUUGAUCCUACACAAAAAAAAACUCUCUUUUUUAUUUCUUAAAAGCUAGAGUGUUCCCGUUUUUUUUACGUAUUAAAAUAAAAUAUAAAGUAAUUCUAUAACCAAUUAUCUGAAUUAAUUAUAAUAUUGCUUUUCUGUAAGAGAAAUAUUUGUAAUGACUAAGGUUUACGUUGUUGAACUAUUUUACAAUGAAAUAAAAGACAGAUGUGUUGAAGGGUUGAGAAGAACUGUAAAGAAGCUUCACUUGAUUCCCUAAAACUGGUGUUCGAAACAACAUAGAGUAGUUGAAAAUGACGUUGAAAUACCCAAAUGAAUUUGGUUUGAGAGCGAUUAGAAUAAACUGUCUCUGGUGGUGAGAUGAUCUCCUUUGUGGUAGAGCUGAAAGAUGAUGUUCUCUUCAUUAAAGAGAGAAGUUAUCUUGUCAUACCGAAGGACCAUAGUGGUAAUAAGCGGUUGGCUUCUAAAACAUAGCAGUUUCGUGGAGAUGGAGCAGAGCCUAGGACCGUGAAGUAGCUUAUUUGGUGGUGACGGAGGAUGCUGGCCAGCAAUAUCUGCUGUGAACCAUUGACAACAUCUGAAAAAGGGAUUUUGACACUGAAGAUCAGAUUGGAUGAACAAGACGGUAUAAAACUGGGUAGGAGACCCAGGGUCUGAGAAGCAUUCUUAAAUUUUACACUAGUGAUGGUGUUUGACGUUGGAUAGAUCGCAAGUGGAGGUCUUCUCGGGUAAGAUUUUUGAAAGGUACAUAUGGCAGUGACACAAAGGCAUAGAUUUCUCAAAUCAGGUAAGGGCCUUGUUACUUUCACACCGAUGAGUGUAGAGCUGAGCUUGACGAGAGCUUCUAAAGCAGUGGCGAGCGUUGAGUUCGGAAAUACUCCUCUUUUUCCAGCAUUACCGUGAAGGAGCUAGAGAGAUUGGAAAGAAAUAACGCAGAGCCACCGUGGUACUGCAAGGAUCAGAGUCGGAGACGGAGAGGCAUACACGCAACGCCGGAGGAUCUGUCAUGUCUGUGAUGCAACUAAAGGGUCGUAUAGACUCGAGCUUAAAAUAUGGGCUCUCAAACCAUGUUCUAAAACCUGAAUCAGAGCCUUGAAACCCACAAUAUCUUAUAUUCUCAAACCAUGUUCUAAAACCUGAAUCAAAGCCUUGAAACCCACAAAAUCUUCAAUUUUUUUUUCCAAAUGCAACCUAACUACUUAAGGAAGAGAGACAAGUUUGUAUCAACACAAAUUAUUUAAAGAAAAUAAUGAAAUACUUAGUCAAAUCAAUCACUAAUCUUGAUAGCAGCAGCUACGGCAAUUACAAGUAUGCCAAGUAGGAAAAUUAUCACGGGUUACGACAUGGAGAUCUUAUAGGAGUUUUUCCACAAUGUUGUCCUUCCGCACUGCAUGGCCAAUGCCGAUGCUGUAGUAACAACCAAACUAAUCCAGUACCUCUUUAUAAAUCCUCCAGCUAACAUAGGAAUCAGUCCUCCCAAAAAGAUCCAAAACACUGAUUUCAUAACAAUCUUGAAUGCUUCCUUGACCCAUUUUUCCCAUCUACAACACAAAGUGGAAACAAUAAGAAUCCACUGAUUUUGGUUAAGUAUGACAACAUAUAUAAGACUGACUCACCUCCAGAUGAGAUAUAUGUGUUACUAUGUUGUUGCAUAUCUGACCAAAAAUUGAACCAUCAAGUUGGCAAAUAAAUUCAUAAUCAAAAACUCAUGCAAGUCAUAGUUUGAGAAAAUGACAUUGUAUGAUGUCGUUGUCACAAUACUUCCCAUGAAUGUGCCUAGUUCAUCCCAGUUAUUAAACCUUCAAGAGCUAAGCAAUUCUGCAUGCAUGAAUGUAGUCAUACACCCACUGUAGUGGUGAGUUUUAGAUUAUCUUAGGUAAAGUCUGCAAAGAAAAAAUAUUAAAAUAAAAUAAUAACAUACUUUUGUCAACUUUUAGAAUACUAACUUCAGUUAAAAAGUUACAAUUAAGGUCUGAUAGAGCUAACUGCCAAAGAAUCAGCUAUCGAGCUUUUAAAGUGGGGGAUAAAAUUUAUAGAUUAGAGAGAGAAUAUAGCUGCAAGGCUCCUGCUAUCAACGCUGACCCAACAAAAAAUCUAUUUGAGGAGCCUUUGAAAGCAAGGGUCAAAUUUGAUGUGCUGUAAAAGUGGAGACAAACUCAUAAAUUUGAGUAGAUGGGCAAGUGCUAAUUAAAUAAAUAACUUAUUGUUUCUAAUUCAACAUAAUGCUUACAUCUUUCAUUAAUAUGUAAUCCUACUCACAGUUUACUGCUAACCAGUCUACAAAUUACCAAAUUUAACAGCUGUGUAACUAGAAACUUUCAUCUUACUAACCUCUUCAUGUUCCUUGAGGAUCUUAUCUUUGGCAGCUAGUUUGUUCAAGUAAAUUAGCAUUAUCUUUCUCGUGAUUAUCUAAAUCCUCGUCAAGUUUAGAAAAAUCCUGAAAAAUAUACAAUGAAUAACCACUUGGAAGUAAAAUCUAUAUAACUAUUGCCUACGUAGACAUCUAACUAACCUCAUUAAGUUUUUGGAUGGAAGUUUCCUUGUCAUGUAGUAUAGAAAGCAUAACUCUCUACUGAUUAGCAGCUUUAUAAAUUUCCUGAAACAAUAAAUAUGGCAAACAUCUUCUAAAUAAACAGUCUUUUUAAAUAUCAUCUAAAUAAAUUAUUAUAAUUUGUGUAACCCCUUCAUUUUCCUUGAUGAUUUUUUCCUUAGAAUCUAGUUGCUCAAGCAUAACUUCCUUCGACUUCUUUAAAUCAUCAGAAAGUUUAUUCAGUUCCUGAAACAUUAUACAAUUAUUAAACCUUCAAAUUAAGCAAAAUUAUAACUAUUGUCUAAACGUGGUUUAAGUUCUUACCAACCUUUUUCUUCAAAUCUUGGGCAGCUCAUUUAAAAAUUAAAUGAAUAUUCUCCUUCUUUUGCUUCUCUUAAUACAAUGUGAGAAGGUAAAUACCAUAAUCUAAACUCAUUUGAUAGCUAAAAAGGAAGAAUUUUCAAGUGUCUAAUUAUCUCCCAAUUUUGUAAACCAGGAUUGUGCCUAUAUUGUACAUUUUGAGACCUUCGUCUCUCAAACUUUUCUUCAAAGAUUUUUUGGACAAGUUUCUCAUAGAUUCUUCAAGCUUGCUUUGUUCCAUCUUCCAGCUUUCCUCCUUCGGCCUUUGAUCAUUGAGCUGCUUCUGCAACUGUUCUUCAAGGCUUUUAGUUCGAUGUUCCAGCUUUCCUCCUUCAGCUUCAUAAUUAUCUUUCUGCCAUGGAGUUACUCUUCAAACCGUUAUUUAAAGUUGCUUCUCUCCGUCAAUUAGCUUCAGCUCCAUAUUCAUCGCUAAGUCACUGAAUUGCUUCUCAAAGUUGUUUCUUUCCAUAUCCUAGCUUUCUUCCCUCAGGUUCAUACACUUCUUUUGGUCAUUGAGUUUCUCCUCUUGGUCACUCAUCACAACGACCAUCACCUUCUCUUGCUGAAUCAACUUAUCCUUCAUAAUCUUUUUUUUCCUACGCCCAGUUGUUGCUAAUUGACAUAAUGCAUCCGUUUCUUUUUUCAUGUUCUAGAUAUUUGACAUCUCCGGUAUUCAAAAUCUGCUAUAAAAUUAAACAUUCGAUAAGUCAAUUUGUCAGUAUAUACAACCUUUAAAACUGUAAAUCCCACAAACAUUCCGCUUAAAAGUUUGUUCAUAUCAAAAUUAUAUCAUUAUGUUGGCCAAAGAAAAUGAAGUUAGUUCAUAUCAUAAUAUAUACCAACAUAAUAUGCUUCAACAUUAUUUUCUUAUGCCAACAAUUUUUGAGACUUUGACCAAAAGUUUUUUUGUAGAUGACACUUUUGUUACUGAUUCUAUUCUAGAUUUAUAUAAUCUCAACCAAGAAACAUAUUUUUGGUGAACUAAAACUGAGGACGAUAAAAAAAAAGAUCUUGAUUUCCGAGAAUCUUUAAUAAUGAUUUUACAGUGAAUUAAUAAAUCAAUUCUUAUAAACCGUAGUUGUUUAAUAAAUUUUAAGUUAGCCUAUGUUAAUGUCAUUACUUUUUCUGUUUAUUUUAUUCUGUUUAUGUCAUUUCAAUUGUAAAAGCAAAUUUUUUAUUAUUUUUAAAAAUAUAAUCAUUAUCGUUACGUAGAAACUGAAAUAGUUGUCAGCAUCAUGCAUUAAGAGUAGUUGUGUACUCAACACUAUGAUUAAGCAAGUUCUGUUUGCAUUUAAUUUUUUUAAGGUUCUAUUUGCAUUUAAGAUUUAAUCCAUUUGCUCCAAAGUACAACCAGGAAAAUUAAUAGCAAAACUUAGGGUAUGAUUGGUAUAUGUUGUGCUUUCAUUUUUUAACUGUAGAACUAUAGUUGUGAUUGUUUUUUCUUUGGCUUUAGGUUUUUAAUUCUUAAGAGUCAUUAGAUUUGGGCUGUAUGUAUUUGUCUCUCGACAACAAUUAUAAUAACAUGAUUUUAAAGAAUAUCUUCUAAACAUCUUACAUUUCAGAACGGAGGGAGUAGGUAUUACUUCUAAUAGAAGUUGGCGCAAAAAGAAAGGAAAAAGAAAAUUUGACAUUUAAUGAACCUGAACUUUUGAAAUAUUCACGAGGAACAUGAAUCGGCUAUUAGUGAAACAAUGUGAGGAUGAAUGGUGACCGCUAAGAAGGAAUGGAAUGAGAGGGAACACUUCAUUCCUAUUCAUUCCUUUUUUUUUUCACCAUUCACAAGUAACUUUUGAUAUAUAAGGAACACAUACAAUUCCUCUUCAUUCCUCUUUAUUUGGGGAAUAAUAGGAGAAAAAUAUUCCCUAUCAAUAUAGGUAAGGAACAAAAUGGAAAAUAAAAAAAAAGGCAAAUCUCUAUUAACGUGAGUUGAACUAUACAGAAAAAUUAACUUUUUUUUUUACUCUUUUCACGUUUUGCUUCCACUAUAUAUGUGAGAAUUAUUCUAUUCAAUAACCUAAUACAAUCAACUAAAGUUCUACAGCAAGAGGUACACACUUUUUCUUACAAUUUUUAAGAGAAAGUUAUAUGUAUAAUACACGAGUAUUAAGAUAGAAAAUAACAUGAAUAUUUUAUGUGUGCCUGUUAGAUAUCAUGUCAAGCUCAAGAAACACUAGCGGAUCACAACGUCGUGGACGUCAAUCCAGUGGUGAGGCAAGAACCACGACUGAUGGCGAACAACUCGUGAAGGACAUGUAUUUAUAUUUGCAUUUUUUCUUCUUAAAUCAUUGUUGUAUUACUAUGAAACAUGUGAAUUAAUUAUAUGAAUACAUAUAUACUUUAGUAUCUGUGGAAGGAUAAGAAUUGUGAAGUUAUGCUUGAACUCGUCAUUGCGGAGCUAAAAGCCGAUGACUACCGUAGUAGAAUGCCAGAUGUGGCAGCUAGAAAAAGAAUUGAAAAAAAUACUUCGAGCUGAUAGGUGAAAAGAUCUCUUGGGAUCCAGAGAUAACUAGCAAAAUUGGUUACUUGCGUAAACUUUGGAAUAUUCACAGUCAAUUGGUAAAACGCACCGGUGUUGCUGUUGAUCCAUCUUCUGGACAAAUAGAUAUGGUGGAAACUUGGUGGAGUGAUCGGAUUGCGGAAUAUGGAGGAACUAAAGGAAGACUAGUUCAUGUUUUGCAAAAGAAGCCUUUGCCAUUUAAAGAUUUGUUGGAUCAAAUUUUUGGUGAACAUGAUGUUGAUCAAGAUGAACGUUAUUCACCACAUAUGCUUGGCCUACAACUCCAGCAAGUUCAACCUACUUUAGAUGUUGAUGGCAUAACAAUGGUGAACCAACUGCAAGAAACUCAAACUGCUGAACCAAUAGUGGAUCUUACUAGUGAUCAAGGAUGCAACCGAUCAAUCCGAAGCACGUCGUCAUGUCGUCUUGCAAGAAGAAAAACUAGUUUCGAAACACAGGUGGAAAGUGGAUUUCAGCGUGUCGUAGAUACUCGGCAAGAAUUUUUAGAAGAACUACGAUCAAGAAAAAUUCAAAAGAUAACAUAUGGUGAUGCAACAUCAAUUCUAGAAAAGUUACCAAUAGAACAGCUUGGGGUAUUUUGGUGGGCAGCAAAUAAAUUGUUAAAGAAUGAUGCUGAUAUACGUGAAGCCUUUGUGAAAUUGGAAAAUGAAGAAAUUAAGAUCAAAUAUAUGGAGAGUUUACUUGGCACAGACAGACAUGGGAGUCCAUGCAAUCAGGUUGAUUUGUUGACGACAAGUCAAAACCAUUUUCAGAGUGUUGGAAUGGGUGGAAGUACUGCAAUAGGAGCUAAUACUGGAGGUGGUUACAUGAGUUUUCUUGGUGUGCACUCCACUGAAUUAGAAGAGCCACGUAGAGAACCAACAAGUUUUGUCAACUUACUUAAUGAAAGCAAUGAUGAUGGCCUCGUCUAAGCUUUCUAGAAAUAUUUUAUUAUAUAAGUUUUGACUUUAAGAAUUUGGUUUUGGUGUUUACAGAUAUUAUAGUGCUUUGAAGCUGUAUUGCAUGUUUUCUAUUUAUAAAGAUAAUUAUUUAUUUAUGAGCACUUGAGUUUACUUUUUUUUAUCUCUAAAUAAUAAUAUCUAUGUAAAUAUUUGCAGGAACUUCGUAUCCUAGAAUUACGUUCACGUGGAAUUCAAAACUUAAAUGAAGAUGAGUUGAUGGAGCUAAUGUUAUUGGAAGAAGAAGAGUUUCUCCAAAGGUACAUGCAUCCUAUAUUAGAGUACUACAAGACAAACUUUUUUAAAGAACCAAUGAACAAAGAUUGGGGAAAUGGUUGGAAGUUGAUACGGAGCCAAAUCUACCAUAACGAAGUUUCAUGUCGUACUCUUAUCCGCAUGAGUCCAGAAGCCUUUAUUCGUUUAUGUGAAGUUCUUCAAACGAAGUAUGGAUUACAAGAGUCAAAUAAUAUCAAAGUGGAUGAGAGCAUUGCAAUUUUCUUGAUUUUGUGUGGCCAAAACGACACUCAACGUGACAUUGGUUUAAGAUUUGGCCAUGCGCAAGAGACUAUAUGCAGAAAAUUUCACUAUGUUCUUGGAGCAGUGGUACAAUUGGCAGUUAACUAUCUACGACCAAGAACAACUCGUGAGUUUGAAGCAAUAUCGAAUAGCUUACAUGGAGACAAGCGGUAUUCGCCUUAUUUUAAUGGUUUUGUCGGGGCUCUUGAUGGAACACAUGUACCAGUAAUGGUGACUCCAGGUCGAGAUGCAUUACGUUUUGUGAACCGGAAGGGAACAGCAAGCCUUAAUGUUUUGGGAAUUUGUGAUCAUGAUAUGUUAUUUACAUAUUGCUUCGUUGGAAUGGCGGGAUCAACACAUGACUCUAGAGUGCUGGACACCGCUAUGCGAGAGGAUCCAAUGUUUCCUCAUCCCCCAGAAGGAAAAUAUUAUCUUGUAGAUUCUGGUUAUGCAAAUAGGCGUGCUUAUCUAGCUCCAUAUCGAAAAGAAAGAAUAGAAGGUACACGAUAUCAUCUCCAAGAUUUUUUUAAUAAUGAACCUCCAAAAAACAGCAAGGAAAUGUUUAACAGAUGGCAUGCGUCACUACGUUCAGUUAUUGAACGUACAUUCGGUGUUUGGAAACAAAAAUGGAGGGUUUUAAAUGAAUUUCCAAGGUAUGAUAUCUCAACGCAAAGAAAGGUUAUAUUUGCAACAAUGGGGCUCCACAACUUUAUUCGUUGGAACAAAAUUAAAGAUAUUGAUUUCGAAGAAUUUGAUGUGGAGAGGGACACUACUCAUUCACAUUCGAAUGUGAACAAUCAUUCAGAUGAUGAGAGUGAUGAACAAGUGAACCAAAACACAUCGGCAGGAGUUUAUAUGAAGAUUGUGCGAGAUCAUAUCGCUGAAAAAAUCUGGACUGAUAAAAGACCUGGUUCUCGUCGACUAUAGGUUUGUAUCUUUAUUAAUACAAGUUUGCAAAUAAUUAUAGAUACGUGAAAUGUAAUAGGUAUUACAUUAUAGUUUUUUUCUUGUGAAAAAUAAUACAAAUGUUUGUUGUGCAGGUGAAAGAUACGUGUGAAGGAAGAGACACCAAAACCUAUGGACAAGAAAGUUUAUUUAUAUUUAAAAUAUUUUUAAACAAUAGUUUUUAAAUUACUUUAAUUAAAAAUACUCAUUCCUUUUAGUGGUUACCAUUCAUUGCAAUAUUUUGUUCCAUUCCUUCUCUGCAUUUAUUCCUUUUAAUUUGUUCCUAUUCAUUCCUUUUGAUUCCUUUUCCCUAUUGUUCCACUUGUUCCCGAAAAGGUCACCAGUCAGACCCAGUGACUUUUUAUGUCAAUAAGUACACAAUUGGGUCUGAAUUGUCAUGACACACUACUAUCCUAAUCUCUCAAU